UCCGCUUCGGCUGCCCGGCUUGCUCUCCUCCCGGCGCCGCAGGACCGCCUUGAAGAGUCAGAGGAUGGCCAGUUUCAGCCUUGGCCUCUUCCUUGGCCUGGUGCUUGCACCCUUCGCGGCCAAUGCCCAGGCUGACCCCUGCCCCAGCGGCUGGCUCGCCUACAACGGCCACUGCUAUGGCUACUUUGAACAGGAGAUGAACUGGCAACAGGCGGAGGCCUUCUGCCAAAGCCACAAUGGCCACCUGGCCUCCAUCCAGACCCGUGAGGAGCACCAAGCCGUGUCCGACUUCCUGCAAAAGGCUCAGUGGUGGGAGCACGAGGACGUGUGGUUGGGGCUCUUCCUUCCAUCCCACAGCCAGACCUGGACUUGGGUGGACGGCACCCCCGUGGGCUACACCGCCUGGGAGAAACAUUACCGCCGCCGCUGGGACUCUUGUGCUGCCCUGGAGGACUCUUACGGAUUCCUGCUGUGGGACGACGAAUCCUGCUACGACCGGAACCCCUUCCUCUGCAAAAGCUUGGCAGCAGCCGCCCCCCAGGCAAGCCAGGCCUGAGUCUGCCUUGUCACCCCCAGGAGAAAGCCCAGAGCUGCCUGUCCACCUCCCCCCCCU